AUGCGCACAUUUCACGAAUUGCCCGAGCAUGUAUUACAUGAUACAAUUUCCGUGGUCGUAGAUUUCACACAAUCCAAAGGCUGGCAGUUAUCGUUAAGAUUGGUCAAUCGCCAGUUCAAUGAAGCUGUGCUCCAUGUUUACUACUUGCGGCAAAGACUUGUGGCAUCUGAUGGAGACCACUCACUCGAUUGCAUUAAUCCAUGUCACGAUCAGUUCUGCCGAAGACUGGUGGCUUCCCAGCGGAAACAAAUCUACGCGGCGCGCUUCAACUUCCAGAGCUUGCUCGCAAGCCGAGACCUAGCUGCUGACGCCAUAUUCGCUCAUCAGCUCCUACAGCAGUGGAAAGCGGCACUUACGAUGUUGCGAGGAGUAGGGAGCCUUGAACAGCUCGAUCUAGACCAAGUCCGGUUCUACUCAACCUGCAGCGACAAUCCGAUCUUUAAUGAUGUUCCCAGCGCGAUUCUGUCCAAGGCUGUUGAUUCUCACCUGGGACCACAAUUUUUAUCAGUGCUGGUCCAAAGCAAAUGGAAUCUCUAUCUUACAGAUCGCUAUCAAGUCGAACCUCCCGCGUUCUGGGUGGCUCUGAGUGCAUGCGUGCUUGGAGACCUCCAACUGUUUGAGGCAUACAGAAGCAAACUGACGCUACUUGAUGAGAAUUCCUCAGCCUUCAGCCCUCCGGCUCAGUUCAUUGCGUCACAGCUUUUCGCUUUGUUGAAUGUGGCGAUAAAGCAUGCCAAACUCGGCAUUGUCAGUCGUUUGCUUAAACAACAUCCAAACCUAGUAUCAAAGGUACACACCAACUAUGCAUCUCUGCAAGCAGCCAUUUUUUCCAACAACACAGAAGUCCUGAAAGCUCUACUUGCGUAUACGCCGAAUUUACCCGACUUGCUGACUGAUGCCUCGAGUCGUUGCAGCACUGUUCUCACUCGGUCUAGUAGCGGUACAGAGACUAUCAGAUUAUUGACACGGCAUUUCAGCCCACUUUCUGCAGAAGCACGUACUUGGUUGAUCAUGCACUCAUGUGCAGUAGGCGACACAGCGCUCUUGGAAGAGUUCUCGAAAACGGAAUCGCUCUUCAGUAAUCGCAUUUACGACGCUAGCGGUCUAAUACCAACAUCCGUCCAUUUCGCUAUCCGCUGCGGCAAUGUUGAUACCUUGCGCUUCUUGCUCGAUCAUCGAGUUCUUGAAAAUCAGAAUCCACAAUCAUUGAGAAUGGCGAUGGAACAGGCUCUGUCAUUCAACCAGAUAGAAUGCUAUCGAGAACUGUACCAGCGGGUGGAGAUAUCUCAGUCGGCACGCUACUUCGAGUAUCUCACUUGGGCAGACAACGCAGAAGAAGUCAUGACCGAGUUUAUCCGUAAAUACAGGAGCCUCAUUUUUGAACCGUUAGGGGAUCCGGACGAUCUAGUACCACCGCUUGCUCAAAGAGCACUGUGGAAAGCUAUACAACGACUCAGAGCUGGAAACGUCCAGUUUCUCCUAGGCGCGGGAGUAAGCGUGUUCCCGUGGACGAAGUACAAGGACCCUUUUGAGGUCCAAUGGCCAUAUUUCAAUCAGAACCGAGAUGCGUUCCUCCGCACUCAAGCGGUGCUUGAUUCUUUUGACUUACCAAAGUUAAGGAUAAUUGUGUGA